AAGCGGAAGGAGAAGUAAUCUUUAAUCUCUGCCGAAAUGAACAAUACUCGGCGCGUAAUCUCCUCCGCAACCGCAAGGCGCGUCGGUAGGCAGCUGUCAGAGCCGGCGGCGCCUCCAGGACAUGGGGAAUGCCUGUACCGAAGGCUGUCGGGUGUGAAAGCGACGGGAGGCAGCAUUAGGAAGAUGCUAAACGAGUAUGUGAUGGAGGGCAAUGUCGUCCUCAAUUACGAUCUCUGGCGAUGCCUCAAGGAGCUUCGCAAAUAAUGGAAUGGAUGGGGGUGAGGAAGAUCAAUUACUCUCUCACUGAUCACGCAAGGCGUCUGGAUCUUAUCUCCAAAACCAAAGGGAUUGCGGCAGCGGAGAAUUACAUGAGCAAUCUCCCACCAUCAGCAAAGAACAAAUUUAGUUAUGGGGCUCUUUUGAAUUGCUAUUGCGUGGAAACAAUGGAAGACAAAGCAUUAGUAGAGCUCUUUCGGAAGAUGGAGAAAUCGGGGUUUAUUUCAAACGCUUUUCCUUUCGCCAAUCUCAUGACAAUGUACAUGAAAAUGGGCAAAUCUGAAAAUGUUCCCGUUCUAGUACAGGGAAUGAUAAAGAGGAAUGUGUAUCCGAGCACCUACGUUUACAAUGUUUUGAUGCAAAGCUACGCGUCCCUGAACGAUAUUCCAGGAGUUGAAAGAGUUCUGGCUGAGAUUGAAAUCUUAGAUGAAAGCAAGUGCAAUUGGACAAUAUAUAGUAACCUUGCUACAAUCUAUAUGAAGGCUGGACUUUUAGAGAAAGCUACGGUUGCUCUUCGAAAGGUAGAGUGUGAGUUGAAACCCGGGCCGCGUGAAGCGUACCAUUUCCUAUUAAGCCUCUAUGCUGGGAUUGGUCAACUCAGUCACGUUAAUAGGGUAUGGAAAACCCUGAAUGAGGUUUAUCCGACAUGCAACAACAUGAGCUAUCUUGUCAUUCUUCAAGCUCUUUCUAAGCUCGAUGAUUUUGAGGGCAUGAGGAAGUGUUUUAAGGAGUGGGAGUCUAGUCAUUCCUAUCAUGAUAUCAGGUUUAGGAAUGUUGUUAUAGGUGCUUACCUUCGUCACGGCAUGGACAAAGAGGCAAAGUUGCUCUCUGAAGAUACCGAGAAGAGGUUUAAAGGGCCUUUCGUCAAAAGUCGGGAAGAGUUCACGUUUUUCUUCUUGGAGAGUCAUCGAACGGAUUUAGCUCUUAGCUAUUUGGAUGACAAUGUUUUUGAGGCCAAGGAUGGUGGAUGGCAUCCACCCCCAUCACUAGUAAAUGCCUUUUUGAACUGUUUUGAGGUAGAGAAAGACGUUCCUAGUGCUGAAAGGCUUCUUAACAUUCUGAAGCCCUUUCGCUGACUCAGUUCGGACCAUUACAAAUUGUUGCUUAAGAUUUAUGUGGCUGCUGGCAAGUUUGCUCCGGAUAUGCGUAGAAGAUUGGAGGAAGAUGGUGUUGAAAUUAGCUGCAAUAUUGAGGAGUUGCUUCAAAGGGUGUGCCCUGACUAGAAUAGUUUUGUUUAAGCUCUGUAAUUUCAAAUACAUUGUAAAGUAACAUAAUUUUUGAAGAAUAAUCCCUGAAUAUUGAGUUGAUUGUGUAAUUAGUUCUUAAUGCUCUUUCCAUUUUUAGAGUGAUUGGUUGUAAUAUAGGUAUGCACAUAUUAUGUGGGUUAA